AUGAACAUUCUUGUUUAGUUUUGUGAUUUCUUUUUUUCCCUGAUCGAAGAUUUUUACAUCUUGUUGUAUUGUGAACUGAGUUGACUUGUGAAUUUCGAUGAAUUGGAUACUAAACAUUUAUUUUUGAAAAACUUCAAGUGAAAAGGUGUAAUUCGAACAUUGAACUUGAUCAAAUCGUGGACUUAUCCUAGUGUUCUGUGCGGUGCUAUUAAUGUUGAUAGCGCCUAACGAACCCUGCUUGCCCCGGAUACACUAUGUUAAAACUAUUGUGAACUCACUCACUAACAUCCCAGGGAGGCGCAUAGCCGGUACACUGCUCACCAACAUGGAUUACAACAACGACGCCGACCCGAUGAUCUCGUCCGUCGUCAUCUUCCAAGACUACCACAACAGCAUAGCCCAGAACCAGCAGGUCAGUUCGUACGGUAUGCUGGACUUUGAUUCCUACUCCCGACCCACCAUGAUGGAGGACCCCUCCAAUAACAUUGACAUGAGCCUGGACAGCCCGGCGUCCAUCGAGACGUACCAGUCCGAUAUUGAGUUAGGUUUCCAAGACAACCAGUCCGUGGCGUCACCAGCCGAGCAGGACAUGAGCGAGUCGUCUAUGACCAGCAUGGCGUCCACCCCUCAGAAAUUCUCCCAGCUGGACGAUGAAGAUUUCGAGAUGGACCGUCGACUGGUCAAUAUGAGAUUCGCUCCACACGACGUUUUCCCCGUGGAUAACUCGUGGACGCUGGAGCAGAAAGUGGACCGGCUCUUAGAGCUGAGCCCCUGCGAUAAGUACUCACGGGAGGAAAUUCUAAAUAUAGACUCUGUAGAAAACCCCGAACAAAAAGUUGACAUGUUGAUCAACCUUGUGGCCAGGAUCCACGUCAACUUCCGCUGGAACUACGUCAAACCCGAAGAACUGGCCCGUGGGUACACCGUCGUCACUAAUUGUAAGAAAGAGAAAAAGAAAGACUCUGAGGGUCAGACGACCCCCAAGCGACCCAUGAACGCUUUCAUGAUCUGGUCCAUGAAAUGCAGGACCCUCAUCUCCCACAUCUCACCACAGCUGCACAACGCCAUCAUCAGCACUAAACUCGGCGCGGCCUGGCGUCAGUUCGACGAUGAUGAAAAAGCUUACUACGAGCGUGAGAAGGAAAUCCUAACCACGUUCCAUCGCUACGAGUUCCCGGACUACAAAUACAAGCCCCGCAAGAAGCCCAAGAAGACCGAAGAGAAACCCUCCCCCGUUCCCAAGCCUAAAAACAACAAACGUAAAAAAGUCGAACCCACCCAGCCGUCCCCUCUCCGGGGCAUAAACUUGGCCGAUGCUCGCCAGAGUCUAGACCCGCACCUGAAAGAACGUCUUCAGGUGAAGAUGCAGGUCAAGAUCGACCCCGACCUAAAAAAAGAAAUAGGUAAACGAGCCACCGGCAUUGAUCUAACAGACCUGAGCGCUUACAACCAAACCGAACUGGCGUCCCCGCCCUACGCUAAGGUCCAGCGCCUCCUCGCCGACAACCCCUCGGCCGUUCACCUCAUCAUCGACAACAAACCCUCCUCCGUCUUCGACACCCCCGAAAACUCCCCCCACACCCCCAUCACCCCCGUCACCCCCACCGAACACGUCAUGACCUACGGGAACACCCUCAACAACCGCAACGAUUCCUGCUUCAGCUUCGAAGACAAACCCAACAUCGACCUCUCCUACCAGAUGGAGAACAACAACAACCUGGUCCACGCCCCCCAGGAGCCGGUCAAAACCGAACACAUCCAGUGGGAUCUCAACAUUAAAACCGAACCCCAAGACUACCCUUUCUACUGCCCCGCCGCCAUCAAAACUGAACCCGGCCACGGCUGCGUGUCCAACGGUCUUGAAAUGGACAUGCCACAGUUGCCCGUGUUAUCCUCUGAGAUUAUCGACGAGUACCUUCGCUGUGGCGACGCCUCCAACUUCAACAACGAGGAACUGUUAUCAGACUUGAUGAACAUUGUCGUCAACGGCAGCGAUUACCUAACGGAUCUAGCCACCUGUGUACCUGAAGGCCCAGCCACGGUUUAG